GGGGGUGCAAAGCACGGCAGAAGGACCGACUCCGGCCUGGCUUUCACUAGACAAGCAAGCUUUACUCCGUUCCUUCCUUGUCUCUAAACCGUUAAACCCCCAAACUUUCCGCGCGUCAUGUUCGUAUUUCGUCUUUCGUGAUUCUUCAAUGUCCCGUCUCAGGAGGACCAAGAUACCAGAAUGGGUUCCGAAGAGAUCCGACACUCGAUCUCCCUCCGACCGCAUCCAUUUCACCUCGACCCUAACCCCUCCAGGCAAUCUAGUCCUCGUCCUGAAAGCCUGCAUCGACAUGUAGGACCGCCGACUCCGGCGGACGCGCCAACACCCACACAUUUCCCGUACAGCCAUGAACCCUACAAAGCCACCACCACCGCCUACGAAGCAAGCACCCCAAACGAGGAAAACGACCCCGUAGCCCGGCUCCAUUCCUCCGCCCACGAAGGCGAUGUCGAACGCCAAAGCCCCGCUCAAUACACGGAGGAGAAUGAUCCCUUUCAACUUGCCGCCCGGCUCAAGACCGCCUCGGAAAUUGACCUGAUCAAAGCGAACUCGUCCCGCAAACGCACAACUACCUCGACCUCCCGGUCGACCUGCACCCCCAACCCCCUCGCCAAUAGCACCGACAUCUCCUCGUGGCGCCGCGGCCGCGCAGUCGAGGAGUUCUACGAGUCGCAAAAUGCGAACAUCGAGCGGCUGCUAAAGCCCGUGGACGAGCACCGGGCGGCGGCGAAGGCGGAGCAGGGGAGCUCGCAUCUGAAGUAUCAGAUCGCGGUGCAGGGGUCGUUCGUGGCGAACGUGUUGCUGGCGGGCCUGCAGAUGUACGGGGCGGUCUCGUCCGGAUUGCUGUCGAUCUUCACGACGAUGGUGGAUUCGCUGUUCGAUCCGCUGAGCAACGUGAUGUUGAUCCUGUGCAACCGGGCGGUGGGACGGGUGGAUUCGAGGAAGUUCCCGAGCGGGAAGGCGAGGAUUGAGACGGCGGGGAAUAUCAUCUUCUGCUUCGUCAUGAUCGCAGUGUCGCUGGUCGUAAUUGUCAUGAGCUGUCGAGACCUGAUUGGAGGGUCGGAGACGGACACAAAGGAUUUUCAUCUACCGUCGGUGCUGGCUGUCGCGAUUGCGUUCUUCACCAAGUUGGCGCUAUUCUUCUAUUGCUACGCGCUGAGGAAUAUAUAUAGCCAGGUGCGGAUCCUGUGGGAGGACCAUAGGAACGAUUUGCUGAUCAAUGGGUUUGGAUUGAUGACCGCGGUCCUGGGAAGCAAGUUGAAGUGGUGGAUUGAUGCGAUGGGCGCCAUCGUCCUAUCGACACUCAUCAUAUUCCUAUGGGCGAGAACAGCAUAUUCGGAGUUCCAAUUGCUCAUUGGAGUCUCUGCCGACACGCAUACGCUGCAGUUGAUCACCUAUAUCUCUAUGACCCACUCGGAACACAUUUCGGCAAUCGACACCGUCCGAGCCUACCAUUCCGGACCACGCCUCAUUGUCGAGGUUGACAUUGUCAUGGAUGCAGAUGACUCGUUACGAAGCACGCAUGAUGUGGCGGAAGAACUGCAGACCAAGCUGGAGAGCCUGCCGGAUGUUGAGCGGGCGUACGUCCAUGUAGACUAUGAGACGAGCCAUGCGCCGGAGCAUUUCCUAAAGAAGGAGCUAUAGCCUCGACGUUGAGGCCUAGAUGAAUCGAUAAGAAUCUUGUACAUACCUAGUAGCAUAUUGCCGACUUUAGCUUGAGUCACCGCGUGAUUCCGCAGGGGCAAUAUUCCGAGCAUCACGGGCGAGCGCAUGAUGGGGUGAGGGACGCGGUCAAGCGGAUGCUAAACAUGCCGAAAUCGACCCGUAUUCGAAUUCCAUGAUCAAACGAUCAACAGAUCGAGGAAAUGUGUGGGGAAGAACCCUUGAUCGCUCAAGGUCAGAAUUUGGUGUCAUUGGUUGUUGGCUUCAUCUACGCACGGCAUGAUACAAUCUCAGCCCACCUCCCCGC